AUGUGCUACCAUAAUCCGUAACAUAUUUCUUGAAAUAUUUUUAGAAUUACAUUUGCAUGUCAUGAUAAACAUUCCACAUUUAUUGCAUCAGAUGAAAAUAGAAAAAUAAACUAUAGCAGUUUGACUUUAAAUUAAAUUUGUAGGACAGAAAAGCGAGAACCAUGGCGGCGGUUCUGUUGGCGAGAUUGUACUUUCGCUGUAUUGUACGUUUUUCUGACCGAGACUACAAGCGUUGAAAGAAUAUUACCGUGGAAAUUGAAUCAGGAAAGAAAAUGAGUCACUACUGUGAAUCUGGUGAAUCUGACGAUGGUGGAGAUGACCAGGAAAGUUCUUCUUACUCGGGGACAAAUAUCGAAGAUGCUUUAACAUCUUUCAGAGAGCAAUGGCAGCGGGAGUUAGAAAUAUCUCCGAAACGAGAAAGAUCAAAGACUCGUUCCACAAAACUAGUUGACUUUGAUGUUUCCAAUGGAGAAGAGUCCUUGGAUACCAUUGAAAAUAAAGCAAAAAAUCUGUUUUUGAAAGGAAUUGAAUAUGAAGAACGUAGGAAGUUUUAUGAAGCUAUUCAAUUUUACAAACGCGCUGUACUGUUAGUUCCUGAUAUUGAAUUACGUUUAUACGAAUCGACCAAACUCAAAUCAAAUGACGAGGUCGGUGAACAACUAGAGGACGACGUAAAUAGUAUUGAAGAUAAUACUGAAAAUCAUAAUGAAGAAGAAGAAGAAGAAACUGAUUUAUUUGUUAAAUUGUGUAAAAUUGUAAAUCAUAACAAAUGCGUUUGUUUUCCUAAAUUUCAGCAAGAUGCAACUCAUAUUUCUGCUUUGCCUAUGGAAAUAAUGCUUUAUAUAUUAAGAUGGGUUGUGUCUUCCGAAUUAGAUUUGAGAUCCCUUGAAAUGUUCUCCAGAGUGUGUCGUGGAUUUUACAUAUCUGCAAGAGACACAGAGAUCUGGAGACUUGCCUGUAUUAGAGUAUGGGGUGUAAAUUGCGGUACCUAUGCUCCCAAGUAUCGGUCAUGGAGAGAUAUGUAUUUACAACGGCCUAGAUUAAGAUACAAUGGGUGUUAUAUUAGUAAAACCAGUUAUAUUCGCGAUGGUGAAAACAGUUUCCAAGAUCGAUUUUACAGACCUUGGCAUUUGGUGGAAUACUUCAGGUACCUGAGAUUUUUUCCAGAAGGCAGAGUUUUAAUGCUAACCUCGACAGAUGAAGCACAAAAUUGUGUAAACUCUUUAAAAAACCGUGCUCCACGAAAUUCAUCGAUUCUUGUUGGCCAUUACAGGUUGCACGAUAAUUAUGUUAAUUUAGUGCUCAAGAAACAAGAAACGAAACCUGUGAAUACAUACAGAAAGAAGAAAAGAGAACCUAUACAUGAUAGUGGGGAACAAACUUUUCAUCUUGAAUUUGAAAUUCAGGACCACCAUAGACGGUUAAACUCACAAUUAAAAUGGCUCAGUUAUACUAUAUUUACAAAGUAUAGAAACGGACACGAAGUAAAAAUGUGCUUGAAGGAGCCAUCUGUCAGAGAAUGGAGAGUGUCGGCAAUCGGCGGACGAUACCCGCCUCUUAAAUUUAGUAGAGUUAAGAGUUAUACUCAAGAAAGCGAAGCUCCUUUGCAAUAACUGAAUACAGAAUUAAUAAUUGUCUGGGUCGCGUAAGAGUACAAUAAUGGAGCUAAAAUUUAAGAGAAAAUUAAAUUCUACGAGCCAAUCAGUCUUGACAUAUAUUUUCACUACAAACAUUAGCAUGAUGUUCUUUGAGAUUCAUGCCGAAAUAUUUCCUUCCUAGUUAUUUUCACUAAUUACAUUUUUAUUAACCUACCGCAAUUUUCGCAUUACAGUUUUCUCUUAAAUUCUAUCAGCUACGUUUUUAUGUAGACAACACAGACAAGUCAUAGAUUUAUCGAGAUAUAUUACGCACUGGAAUAGUGCCUUAUGUGCUUUCAAAGUAGGUGCUUGUAUUCCAGAACUUAUUUUCAGUUUUUUUAUUUAUGUUCAUACCAUUUAUUUAAUAAUAUAAAUAAGUUUAGAGAUCGGUGAUUAUAACAUAACAGAUUUAUUCGUGAUUUUUAUGAAACUAUAAGCUACCUGGAGUAAGCACUUGAAAUGUAUUGUUCGGAACCGCAAGAACGUAUAUACACGUAAUGUUACACCAAAAAUAUAUUCACCUGGCAGGUGUUAUUUAUUUUAUUAUUUAUAUUUCAGUUAAAAUAUAUUUAUUAUGUUAUAUUUCUUGCGGCUCUGUUCAUUAGUUUCAUAUAGAAUCUUAUUUGGAAACGUGUACAUUCAGUCAAAGUAUAUGGAAGAAACUUAAGAUACAUUAACUAAAUACACACAUACAUAUAUAUGUAUUCUUCAUUUUUUAAUUACGAAACCUAUUGAAUGGCGGAGAACAAGCCCUGACUAUGCCUAUAACUUUCAGAUGUACAUGGGCCGUUUAUGUACCAUCACUCGUGGAACUAACUGAAUUUUAACUGAUAUUUUGGAACAGUUUUAUUUGUUAAAAAUGAUAGCAAUGUAUCUCGAAUCAAAGGUACGAAUGUCCGGGAACAUGUCUUGUACUUUACUGUGGGUAUUGAAUUCUUAUAAUCAUUAUAAUAAACGUAUUUUUGAUGUG